AUUGCAGUUGACAGGCUUCUUUCUAUUUCGCUGCAUCUACGAUAUCGCGAGCUUGUGACCCCAGAACGUGUCAUUAGUGUAUUGACGGUUUUAUGGCUGACAAGUGGUGCGACUGGCUCGCUUUUUAUUAUACUCUCUGAACAUAGCAACAAGGUAACUGCGAUUGUUGAAUCCAUUGGGCUAUGCCUGAACACUGUGGCGUUUUUUCGUAUCUACAAAGCCGUUAGAUAUCAUCAACAUCAGAUGAAAUGCCAUCUUCGGUUACAAAACUCCAAUUUAAUUGAUAUACUUCGGCAAAGAAAGUCAGCUUUAAACGCUUUGGUUGUGUAUUUAGUAUUCCUGGUUUGUUACCUUCCAUAUAUAUUCACUAUCAUUUUAUUGCUAGUACUCGAUAGUGAAGACACUUCCUUGCUGUUAGCUGAACGUGCAUCGUUGACUCUUAUUUUCCUGAAUUCGUCAAUAAACCCUCUUGUUUAUUGCUGGCGAUAUCGUGAAAUUCGAGAUUCAGCGAAAAGCACUUUGAAGAAAUUA